CUCUCUUCCUACCCUCGAAUCCUUCUCAUGCUACCUUUAAAACCCCUUUUACCGGCAUUAACACAAGCAGGUAGUCCACACACCUCCUUGGUCCGUCCAAGCCACUCCCUCCACUCCAAUAAAUUUCACCUGAAAAAGUCAGUAGUGCAAUAGAGUAAGAUAGAGAUGGCAAUGGCUGCAAGAUCUGCUGCAGUGCUCAACGGCCUGGGAUCACCCUUCUUGUCCGGCGGAAAGAGGAGCCAGAGCUUGCUGCUAUCGUCCAGCAUUGGAGCCCGAGUCGGUACUGUCGUUGCCUCCCGUAGGGUGAUCGUCGCUGCAGCAGCCACCAAGAAGUCUUGGAUCCCCGCCGUUAGAAGAGGUGGCAACUUAAUUGACCCCGAGUGGCUUGAUGGCUCGCUCCCAGGAGACUUCGGGUUCGACCCAUUGGGGCUAGGCAAAGACCCAGCCUUCCUGAAGUGGUACAGAGAAGCAGAGCUGAUCCACGGCAGAUGGGCCAUGGCUGCAGUGGUGGGGAUCUUUGUGGGCCAGGCCUGGAGUGGAAUCCCAUGGUUCGAGGCCGGUGCUGACCCAAGUGCAAUUGCACCGUUCUCCUUCGGGUCACUUUUGGGGACCCAACUUCUGCUUAUGGGAUGGGUGGAGAGCAAGAGAUGGGUUGACUUCUUCAGCCCGGAGUCUCAGUCGGUCGAGUGGGCAACCCCGUGGUCCAAGACCGCCGAGAACUUUGCGAACGCCACAGGGGAACAGGGCUACCCGGGUGGGAAGUUCUUCGACCCAUUGUCGUUAGGGGGAACCAUCAAGAAUGGUGAAUACAUCCCUGACCCGGAGAAGCUGGAGAGAUUGAAGUUAGCUGAGAUCAAGCAUGCCCGGCUUGCCAUGGUAGCUAUGCUCAUUUUCUACUUCGAGGCGGGUCAAGGAAAGACACCCCUUGGUGCCCUGGGCUUGUAAAAGUUGUAAAACAUGUUUGUUUUGUUCCAAACUUUGUAUAAAUUGAGGUUCCGUUUGAUUUUGUUUUA